AUGCAAAACUGUAAUAAAAAAUAAAAGAAUAACAAGAAAAUUCAGAAAUUAAAAGACUUAAUGAUGAAUUAAAUAAGGCAUUAUAAUCAUUAAAAUAAAAAGAAGAUUAAUUAACAAAAGUUUAAAAUGAAUUAAAUAAAUUAAAAGAGUAGAAAUAAAAAGAUCUUAAAGAAUAAAAAGAAAAAGAUCAAUAAAAAAAAGAAUUAGAAAAAUAAGUAAAGGAUUUAGAUGCUGAAUGUGAUUAACUAGAUUAAUAAAGAUAAGCAGCUGUUAAUGAGGCUGAAAAAUUAAAAUAAGAAUUAUAAAAUUUAAAUGAUUUGAAAAAACAAUUAAAAGAUACUUAAAAUAAAUUAGCUUAAGCUGAAAAAUAAAUAGCUUAAUUAGAUCCUGAAACAGUUAAAAAUAAAAUAUAAAAAGCUGAAUAAGAUGCUAAAAAUGCUAUUUAAGCAUAAAAUUAAGCAAAAAAAGAUUUAGAUAAAGCUAAUAAUCAACUAAAAUAAAAAGAGAAAGAAAAUAAGGAUCUAGAUGAUGAAUGUAAUGCUCUUGAAGCUUAAGUAUAGGAUCUUAAAGAAUAAGCUAAAUAAUAAGAAGAUGAAAUUAAAGAUAAAUAAAAUUAAAUAGAUUAAUUAUAAAAGGAAAAUCAAUAACUAAAGAAAGAUGAUAUUAAAGGAGAAAUUGAAAAGCUAAGAAAAUUUAUUUAAGAAUAAAAACCAAUACUUGAUAAUUUAGAUAAAGAAUCUUCAUAAAGUGAUAAAAGAAGAUCAGAUUUAGAAAAAUAAAUAGCCAAAAGUCAAGAUGAUUUAAAUAAACUAAAAAAGAAGAAGGGAGGAAAUGGAGAUAAUGAUUAAUAAAUUUAAGAUUUAGUUUAAAGACUUGAUGAAUUAGAUAAUUAAUUAUAAUAAGAAGUGGAUAAAUAUAUAGAAUCAGUUUCAAAUAUUGAGAAAGUGCUUACAGGUAUUAUAUAUUAUUAUUUAAGAUAUUACUGAAAAACUAUUAAAAUUAAAACUUCAAAUUAAUGAAGUACAAGAAGAGGAUGGAUAAUAAUUUAAUGAUGUGUUUUAGGUAUAUUUCUAAAAUAUUAUUUAGCUUGUAAAAAAUCUUUGUAAUGAUUACAAAUAAGGUUUAGCAACUCAUAAUUAAGCAAUGGAAGAUCUUUUAAAAUAAAUAAAUAAAUAAUUUUGA